AUGCGUUGGGCGCAGUGCUCUUGGCCAGAUCGCGACAUCGCGCAGGAUGAUCAGGCAGAUCCGAUCCUCCGAACCCCGACUCAGAGCAAACCUUCCAGUCCCGUCGCCCUUCCUGUCGUCCUCCAGCGUUACGUCUCGCCACGUUCCCUCGCCAGGGCCAUGAGCGUCACCGUCGUCCUCGGCUCCCAAUGGGGAGAUGAGGGCAAGGGGAAGCUCGUCGACAUCCUCUCCGCCCAAGCGGAUAUAUGCGCAAGAUGCGCGGGCGGUAACAACGCAGGCCAUACCAUCGUCGUGAACAUGCCCGGUCGCGGCAAGACCACCUUCGCGUUCCACAUACUUCCCAGUGGACUAGUGAACCCUACGUGCACCGGCCUCAUCGGCAACGGAUGCGUGGUCCACCUACCAUCGUUCUUCGAAGAGCUCGACGCACUAGAGGCCCAGGGCCUCGACUGCACGGGCCGUCUCUUCAUCUCGGACCGAGCUCAGCUCGUAUUCGAUUUCCACCAAAUCGUCGACGGACUCAAGGAAGUCGAGCUCGGCGGCUCUAGCAUCGGCACCACCAAGAAAGGCAUCGGUCCGGCCUACUCCGGCAAGGCUUCUCGCUCCGGCCUGCGCAUUCAUCACCUCUUCAACCCCACCAUCUUCGCCGACAAGUUCCGCAAGGUCGUCGAAGGCCGCUUCAAGCGCUAUGGCCACUUUGAGUACGACACCGAGGGUGAGAUCGAACGUUACAAGGCUCUUGCAGAGCGCCUCCGUCCGUAUGUCAUCGAUUCCGUCGCGUACGUGCACUCGGCGCUCGCCUCAGGGAAGCGCGUCCUCGUCGAGGGCGCCAACGCGCUCAUGCUCGACCUCGACUUCGGCACCUACCCGUACGUGACAAGUUCGAGCACCACGAUCGGCGGAGUCUGCACCGGUCUCGGCAUCCCCCCCAAGCUGAUAGGUAAGACGAUCGGCGUCAUGAAAGCGUACACGACGCGCGUCGGCGGAGGCCCGUUCCCGACGGAACAGCUCAAUACCACCGGCGAGCACCUGCAAGAAGUCGGACGCGAGUGGGGCGUUACCACGGGCCGUCGCAGGCGUUGCGGCUGGCUCGACCUCGUCGUGAUGAAGCACUCGUGCCUCAUCAACGGUUACGACGCCCUCAACCUCACCAAGCUCGACGUCCUCGACGACCUCGCCGAGAUCCAGGUCGCGACUAAGUACCUCCUGGACGGCAAAGAGCUCCCGGGCUUCCCCGCCGAUCUCGACGUCCUCGCGCGCGUCGAAGUGCAGUACGUCGCAUUACCGGGGUGGCAGGCGUCCAUCGCGGACACGACGGAGUACGCUGCCCUGCCUGAGAACUGCAGGGCGUACAUCGAGUACGCGGAGCGGUUCCUGGGCGUGCCGAUCGAGUGGAUAGGCGUCGGUCCCGGACGCGAGAGCAUGAUCCAGAAGCCGCUGAAGCAGUAG